AUGGGAUUGGCUUUUUCUUUUCUUUUCUUUUCUUUUUUUUUGCUACUGGUAGUAUUUCCAAUGAAUUGCGUACUUGAAAAUUUGACUUUGGACCCCUCGGGACGGAAAUUACGCGGAUUGGUAAGAACUCGUCCUGACGGGCUCGCUCGGUUCCCCCCGUGCAAUCCACCCACCAUCGAUUUAUUCAGCCCUUUCGUCGUGAACAUGGGUCGGACCGUCGACCAGGAAGUUCACGCGGCGUUCGUCGAGUUCCGCGCCAAGGAAGACGAUAAGUGCCUGUCCGUCCAGUGUAUCUACUGCCAGCAGAUCCGCGCAAAGAACACCUCGCGUCAGAAGCAGCAUCUCCUCGAGUGCCCCGGCUUGCGCGGUCACGCCAACCCCCAGCCCCCGUCCCAGUCCAGCCAGUCCGCCGCGAACGGUAUCACCGCCGCCAAUGGAUACACGCCCACCCCGAACGGCACCGCGGCCACCGCGCCGGGCCCUGGUCCUGGCGCCGGAGCCCUCACGACUCCCAACGGGCCCAUGAUGUCCAACGGCGUCAACCCCCAUGCCACCCCGAUGCAGACCCCGCUGCAGAACAUGCAGGGUCGCGCCUCCCUGCCCACCUCAGGCCCGCCCGGUACUGCCUCCACGGCCUCGGCCUCCCAGCAGGCGGCGCGUGCGACCCCCAAAGCAAAGCCCAAGAACGCGUCCUCGAGCCUUCCCGCGCCGCCCCUCGAUGACGUCCAUGCUGCAUUUGUGGAGUUCCGUGCAAAGGAAGAAGACAAGGUGAGAGUGGACCCUGCCUGCCCGUUGCCCCAAGCCCAAGGAACCCUGUGUCUGACCGACGACGACGAUGAUGAUCAGUGUCUGUCCGUGCAAUGCAUCUACUGCCAGCAGGUUCGCGCGAAGAACACCAGCCGUCAGCGCCAGCAUCUGCUCGAGUGCCCCACCUACCUCAGCGUCAUGAAAGAUUCGAUCCCCGCCAACAACCUUCUUCACACCUUCCCCGAAGGCGACGUGGCGCGUUCGCUGCAGAUCCCCGCGCCGACCCUGGAGCUGGAUUUCCGCAUGAGCAUCAAGAUGAACCCCAAGGUUUCGGUGGGCGAGAGUCUUUGGGGUCAGCGCGACUGGGUGACGUUUGUCGGAGGCCAGUGGGCGGGCAGAUGGGGUAAAGGCAUUGUUCUGCCGGGAGGCCAGGACUCGCAGGUCGUGACCAAGGAAUCUUCGACAAGCCUCCGCGCCAGCUACAUGCUCCAGACGGCCGACGACCCGCCCGCGUACAUCGUGGUGAAGACCAACGGCUGGUUGACCGGCGCCAAGGAUGUUCUAGAUAAGGUCAACGAUUCCGGCAUGGCAGACGGCAUCAAUCCUAACACCUACAAGUAUCGCAUCAACCUGUACAUGGAGACUGGAGACGAACGUUACGCGUUUUUGAACACCCUGAUGUGGAUUGGCAGUGGCUGCCGCAGGGGCCACGAAGUGAUCUUCGAUGCAUUCCGCGUCAACUAA